AUGGCCAGAUCUGGUCACUUUGUCUUCCUCCAGCAUCUGUUCGUCUUCUGCCAUGGCCAGAUCUUCAUUUCAGCAUCUGCUUGUGUUCAUUUCGCUGCGACCGAGAUGCUCAGAGAAUCGCUGGGCGAGAUACUGGUCGAGUUCUAUCCAUUCACAGGGAGACUCGUCGGGAGUGACAGGAAGAUGGCAGUGAGAUGCACGGGAGAAGGUGUCCCGUUCGUCGAAGCGAUGUCGGAGGACGACAUCGGAAUGCUGGGCGACAUCAGCAUCAUCGAUCUGCCAAUGCUGCGAAAACUCAUGAACAACAGCGAUGGAGCCCAAACCAUAUUGGAAAAAACCUUUGCUGACAGUGUAGUUUAUCGUAUAAUCCGGGUGACAGCAUUCAAGUGCGGAGGGAUCACCCUCGGCAUUCUCAUAAAUCACGUCGUCAUCGAUGGUAAAGCCCUCACGGACUUCAUAACUUGUUGGACUGAUGUGGCUCGAGCCAAGCCGCUUUCGAUUCGUCCCUUUUCGAUCGAUUGGUAUUGUGCCCGAGCAAAGCUUCUCAUUGCAGUCAACAGUCGAUCCAAGUUCAACACGCCGUUGCCGAGCAGCUACCUCGGGACUGUUCUUGUUUGGUCCUAUGCAGAGUGCAGAGCGAGUGAACUGAUUCACAAGCCCUUCUCGUUUGCUGUCCAGACUGUGCACGAGGCGCUCCGAUGCGUCACCGACAGUUACAUACAGUCGUCCGUGGACCACAUCGAGAUGAACACGGUCGUGGUCGAUCGUGAGGGCAACACUUGCUGCAUCAGCAAGUGGAGUCGGCUCCCUUUCUACAAGACGAUUUCGGGUUCGGCAGGCCGUUCCAAGUGGCACCAGCUACUGUACCCCACAACGUCGUCUAGGUCUCUUCUCAUAGCGCGGAGAGCGAUAAGUUGGUCGCGUCACUGGGGCUUCCUCGCGAUGCCAUGGAUGUUUUUGCAAAAUUGA